AUGACCCAUUUCACCACAACGCAGUCAAUUCCAAAAAUCACCAAGCAGUGGAUUGUCGAUGGACAGAAUGGCCUUGACUCCUUGAAAUACACCGAGGGUCCCAUACCGGAUCUCGGCGACACCCAAGUUCUGGUUAAAAUUCACGCAGUCUCUCUCAAUUAUCGUGACCUCAUCAUUCCCCAGGGAAAAUACCCCUGGCCGGUCAAGCCCGGCGUGGUUCCAGGCUCCGAUGGUGCUGGAAUCGUCCUGGCCGUCGGAAAAAAUGUGACUCGUUUCCAGCCCGGCGACAAGGUCGUCACAAUGCUAAAUCAACUUCAUAUAGCCGGGCCUGUGACUAACCAAUCAAACAAACAUGGACUCGGUGGCUCAGUUGACGGGACUCUACGCACAAUAGGCGCUUUCGAUGAGCAAGGACUUGUACCCGUGCCCGAGUGUCUGACCUACAUCGAAGCAGCAACGCUUCCAUGUGCUGGCCUUACCGCAUGGAACGCGCUUUUCGGAUUAAGUGGUAAAGCCGUGACGGCUGGCCAAUAUGUUCUGACUCAAGGUACUGGUGGAGUCAGUAUCUUCGCCCUGCAGUUUGCCAAAGCCGUCGGUGCUAGGGUAAUUGCCACGACUAGCUCAAACGAGAAGGCCCUGUUUCUGCAAAGACUCGGUGCUGAUCAUGUUAUAAACUAUCGAGAGACUCCAGACUGGGGCUCCCGCGUGAAACAGUUAACGCCUGGCGGCGUUGGUGUUGACCUAGUCGUUGAAGUUGCAGGGCCGACGACGCUGAAACAGAGUGCGGCUAGCGUUAAGCUUGACGGGACUAUAAGUGUUGUUGGAUUUGUUGGUGGUGAGAGCAAGGAGACAAUGCCGAGUUUGUUGGAUACAUGGAUUAAUCUAUUCACUGCCAGGGGUUUGUGGGUUGGUAGUCGUCUCCAGAUGGAGGAUAUGUGUCGGGCUAUCGAGGCGAACCCUGACAGACUCCAUCCUGUUGUUGAUCCCAGAGUCUUCAAAUUAAGCCAGGUCAAAGAAGCUUAUGAGUACUUGGCGUCUGGGAAGCAUCAAGGGAAGGUCUGCGUUGAAAUUGAGCAUUAA